GACCGGCCCAUGCUUUGCUAAUACACACGAGAGCAAAAAAUAAAUGAUUAAAUUAUUAUAAUACACAAGAAAUCAGGAGCGCUGAUGGUCGUAGUGAUGGGGUCUGAGGUGCUGCUGCUCCCCACAGAGCCGGUGGACGUCGGUACCCAGAGGUGUCGCCUGGGCCCGGGCGUGAUGUCCCAGCUGGAUCUCCGGCUCGGUUCUCCGGUGCUGGUGAAGCUCCCCGGCAGAGCGUCGUGUCUCUGUACGACCUGGCCUCGCUCCGACCUUUCCGACGCCUACGUGCAGGUCGACUACACCUGCUGUACGCCCAACGUGGACCGGCGCUCGCUGACCCGGGCGCGGAUCGGCCUGGACGGGAUCGAACCGUUGACCCGGGUGCGGCUGAAGCGCCUGCGCGUGAACGUUCUGGUGCAGAGCGGCGAGUUUAAACGUAGGGCGUCGGCGCAGGCGGUGCAGGAGCUGGUGAAGGAGCUGCUGAUGGACAUGUACGUGCAUGAGAAGCACCUGGUGGACCUGUCGCAUGCCGGGACGGCGGUCCGGUAUUUAGAAGUCGAGAACGUGAACUCGGGAUCGCACAGAGCGGGACGGGUCACGGCGGAGACUCGCGUGGACGUCGUUUCGGUGCACACGGUGGAAGCGCAUCGCCGGUGGGUGCGUGAAGGUCCGGGCGUCUCUUUAGGAGGACUGGAGGAGGUGUCCGCGGCGCUGAAGGAAAUGCUAACGCUGCCGCUGCGGUAUCCCGUCAGCACGAGGAGUCUGGGGCAGGCGGUGGGGCGCGGGGCGCUCCUGGUGGGGCCGCCGGGUGUGGGUAAGACCCAGCUGGUGCGCAGUGUUGCACGGGAGGUCCGUGCGGCGCUCGUGACCGUCAGCGGUCCCGUAGUUGUAGGGUCGCGACCCGGGGAGAGCGAGGAGAACCUGCGGGCAGCGUUCAGGGAGGCGGCGGAGGCUGCGCGGGACGAACCCUGUGUGCUGUUUAUCGAUGAGAUCGACGCCCUGUGUCCGAGGCGGAGUCGGAGCGGCGGCGCCCCCGAAAACCGACUGGUGGCUCAGCUGCUCACGCUGAUGGACGGGAUCAGGAGCGACGAGGGCUUUGUCGUCAUCGGCGCCACCAACAGGCCCGACGCCCUCGACCCUGCGCUCAGGAGGCCAGGACGAUUCGACAAGGAGUUGGUAGUGGGUGUACCCACUCUGCAGCAGAGGUACCGGAUCCUGCAGUGUGUGUGUGGCGGUGUACCCCUCUCAGACGUGGACCUGCAUGCCGUGGCUGAAAUGACCACCGGCUACGUUGGAGCUGAUCUGAGUGCAGUGUGUAGAGAAGCUGCACUACAGGCCAUACUGCAUACAGCACAGGACGGACCUGGUGAUCCUGGCCAAUCAGGACGCGAGGACGCCGCGGUGAGGGAGGAGCACUUUCUGAAGGCUUUGCGAUUGGUCCCUCCCUCCUGCCUGCGGAGCAGUGUGGGCGUGGCCGAGUUUAAACCCGUGAACUGGGAGCUGAUCGGAGGACUGGACGAGGUCAAGCUGAAACUGAAACAGAGUGUGGAGUGGCCCAUGAAGUUCCCCGAGGCGUUUGUGAGGAUGGGCGUGACUCGGGCGAGGGGCGUGUUGCUGUACGGACCACCAGGCUGCGCCAAAACCACGCUGGUUAAAGCCGCCGCUUCAUCCGCUCACUGCAGCUUCCUCACGCUGAGCGGCGCCGAGAUCUUCAGUCCUUAUGUAGGAGACUCGGAGAGAGCGCUGGCACAGUUGUUCCGUCAGGCCCGGGCGUGUUCCCCCUCCAUCGUGUUUCUGGAUGAGAUUGACAGUAUGGUGGGUUGCCGUGGUGAUGGAGGUGGCGGCGGUGUUCAGGCUCAGGUUCUGUCGGUGUUGCUGAACGAGUUGGACGGCGUGGGCCUCAAGACCACCGAGAGACGAGGGUCUGAAAAAACGACCUCACAAAGAGGAGGAGGAGGAGAGAAGCAGCGACAGAUGGAGCUACAGGAAGUGUGUAAUCAGGAUGUGAUGAUUGUUGCGGCCACUAACAGACCGGACAUGUUGGACAGCGCCCUGCUCCGCCCGGGACGGUUCGACCACAUCAUAUACGUCUCUCCACCUGAUCUACAGGCUCGACUGGCCGUCCUGCAGCUCCUCACAGAUAAAAUGCCUCUGGACUCUGACGUGUGUUUGGAGGAUCUGGCAACCCAGACCCACCUGUUUUCUGGAGCUGAUCUGGAGAGUCUCUGUAAAGAGGCGGCUCUGUUAGCUCUACAUGAGGAGGGGAUGAGUGUAUCGGCGGUGCAGCACAAGCACUUCCUGAGGGUCCUGCAGACCUUCCAACCCUCCCUCACCCCCCAGCAGCUCCGCCAGUACCAGCAUCUCUUCAGCUCCGAACCCCGCUAACACCGCCGGGCUAACACAGGCUAGUUAGCACACUGCAGCCGGUCCAGCGCAAGCACAGAGUUCCUCCAUUUGUGGAUAAGUGCUCUCACUGUGGUUCACUGGAGUCCCAGAGGCUUAGCAAUGGAAUCUGUGUAGAACAUUACAGAUGUUAGGACAUAC